AACCCGGUGUACAUAGUACUCCAUAUAUGAUACAUGAUCUGUCCGACCCUGAGUCAAAGAAUUAUGCUAGAGAUACAAAUACUCUUACAAAAAGUCUAGAGAGAGACUUGCCAUGAGGAUUUCCCAAUGGGCUCCAUAUUAUUAUAAUGAUGAGGAUUUCCCGUUGGGCUCCUUAUUUUUCUCUAGAUGCAGAGUCCCCAAUCAUUCUUGUUUGGAUCUAUUUUGAGGGACUCUCGAUUCACCUCCAUGAUCGAUGGGCUCUCUUCUCUAUAGUCGGUACACAUCUCAAACCUGACGCAGCUACAAUGACUCAAUAAAGACCCUCAAUAAAGAAUUGCCUUGAAAGAUUUGGCUAUAAAAUGGAGACAAAGGUUUUGUGCUGCCUAUUCUUUGCGAGGCUGUUGGGCCAAAGAAUAAUUGAAGUAAUUACUUAGAUUACGGCCCAUGACUUGGUGAAGGCAUAUCCGUUAUGGCCCAAUUUCCUUAGCAUGCAGAUAAGAAAUGGAAAAGUCAGAUAGAAAUAAAGGAGGAGCAAAGUGAUCGACUGGGAUCCUCUGCCGCACGGCAGAGUGCCUUGCGCGCAGGGACCGUCCGAUGGGAAGAAGAGAAGCUUCGGGAUCUGCACCUCAAUAUCUCCGACCGUCCAUAUUGUGAUCGGACGGUUCUCUACAACCGGGCACGGUGCCUUGCCUUGGAGUAUGGCAGAGGUUCCGGAUCCCAAAGUGAUAAGGUCAAAUAGCCGACUCCCCAAUCCUAGGAACUAGGAGGCAGACAUGUCGGGCAGUUAGGCUGUGCAAUAGAAUAGGAUGAAUCUAUUUGUAUAAAUAGGAAUAAUGGUCAUGCACUAACCCCACUACGAUGAAUCCCACCCUUCACAUAAGCUAUCAUAAUUGAUAUUGAUCUAGAUCGCUUUAAUUGUUGUAUUUUACAUAUAGAGGGCAGGAACUUUCCACCACAAUUAUUCAAGAGAGAUAUUUGGGAACAAAUCUCUCGAAUUCACAUUCAGUAGCUAUCAAUAUAUUUAUACUAUUUUAUUUCUUGUACGAAUCCCAAUACACCUUUUCAUUUAUUUGAUUGUUCGAACUAGCAUUAAAAUUGCAUAAACAGAGGGUAUGCCUAAUUAUUGUCUAGAAUUCUAUAAACUCAGACAUGUAUCUUGUCAAAAAUACCCCUAGUUGGACCAGGACCAGCCCCCUCAGCUAUUCCAACGCCUCCAGAAAAAUCAAUUAUACAAAAAACCAAACGCUAGACUAUUAAGCACCCUCAAAAGCAACCAAUAAUAAAGCUCUAGCUUCACUAGAGAAUACAAAUGAAAAACUUACAAAUGAUCAGCUUGAUAAAUAUCAAAGGCAGGACAACAUUCCAGUCAACAACGGCUAUAGUUGAUCUCUUCACUGAGACUGAGCCAACUACCACUAUCAAAACCAGUACAGACCUUCUAGCAACCUUGCAAGGUACGAAUGUACCUAUACAAGAAGAAAACACUCCGGAAGACUUUCAAGCUCAACAACAGGCUCCCCUUCCAUCUAGUUUUUCUAUUUUAACCCGGUGGAUAAACCACCAAAAUCGGUGGGAUAAAUGUCGGGGAACAUUUAUCAGAAUUUCAUAAACACAAAAGGAAGUACCUCAAUCCCCUUGCAUCUAGUAUUUCACAAUCUUCUGACAAACACAUAGACGAAUUGAUAAAGAAG